CUUCUGAAAGCACAUGGCUGGGGGCUCUGAAGCCACAUCCUCUGUAGCUGGUAAUUAGCCUUUGGAGGCUGCUCUCUGGGUCGUCUUGUGCAGGGAGACAGAGGAAACCAGUGCCCGAGACAUGUUGGCUAGACUGAGCAGGCUACUCCGGAGAGAUAAUGGAGAGCAAGAAGAAACCAGAGAAAGACAGAAGGAAGCUGAGCUUCUGUCUCAGAGUAAAACAUGGAGAGAUAAAUGGCUCAGAGGAAGGCAAAAAUCUACUGGAAAGGCACCAUCCCAACUCUCUGCCUUCGAUGAGCAGGAGCAUUCCAUGAAAGAGGUGAAGAAACUUACCAUUCAGUUACAGCAUAUGACAUGUGAGACAAAUGAACUUCGUGGAAUCCUGGCCAGUUAUACCAACAAGGAUUUGAAUAACAGGCUGAAUUUUGAGCUUGAUAUGCUCAAAAUGGAGCAUAACCAGGUGAUGUCAGACAUUCAGAAACUACCCAUGGAGAUCAGUGAUGCCUUGGACAAGUGCAUGGGGCUGAUGGAGGAGAACGAAUUGUACAUUUAUCUCCACAGCAUGGUCCUACGAUAUUUGACUCAGCUGAAAGAAGAUGUACGUGUGUUGGCGCUGGAGAACAGAAAGUUGUGGGAGGAACAGAAUGCACUCCAAGAGUCCUGUGACGAGGUGAAGAAGCUCUUUAAGGAGAUCCAUGAGAAGGUCUGUGACUCCUGUACUGAGCAGCAUCAG